AUGAUGGAGUAUCCUCCCCAAUAUCAACAGCCUCACGGCCAAAAUCCCCAUGCCUCCUCUCACAUUGCCGCCCCUUACCAGACCGCGCCGCAGAACGCCGGUUCUACCGUGGGGUCGAUGACUUCUCCCACCAACCCUCAAGCGCACAUGCAACCUGCCCACCCGACACACCAGGCCUCGCCAAUUGUCCCCUCCCAAUCGCAUUACCAGCAGACACAAAAUGCCCCGGGCUCGGUACAUCAGCAAAUGAAUUUUCCUCAGUCGUACGGGGUAACAACGGCGAUGCCGCAGACAUACGGCAUCUCCCCAACUCAGGCGGCCGCCAUGGCCACCGCCGCGGCUUCGGGACAAAUGCCUUCCAUGGCCUCCCAAGUGCCCAUGCCCCAGAGCGCUCAGAUGCAGCCGCGGCGGAUGAGCCACGUCGGAAGCCCGCACGUUCAAAGCGCCCAACCCGUUCUCAACCACGUUGGUCGUCCUUCCGUGGGCCCGCCCAUGGCCCCCCCUCAUCAGCCGCCGGUGCAGCAAAGCCAACCUUCUCCGGAGAUGGUCGCCGGUCCCCAGGAAGAAUCCCCGCUCUACGUCAACGCGAAGCAGUUCCACCGCAUCCUCAAACGCCGCGUGGCCCGACAAAAGUUGGAAGAGCAACUGCGACUGACCUCUAAGGGCCGCAAGCCGUACUUGCACGAAUCUCGUCACAACCACGCCAUGCGGCGACCGCGGGGUCCCGGUGGUCGAUUCUUGACCGCGGAGGAAGUCGCCGCCAUGGAAAAGAAACAGGGCUCCGGAGCUCCCGGUCAGGAGAACACCGAAAGCCCCGUUAUGAAGCAUACCGGCGGGAGUACUCCGUCGGCCCAGAAACGGAAGUCAAGUGAGGUCAACGAGGACAAUGUCAGCUCGGCCAAGAAGGCGAAGACCGCCGGGCCUAAAACCAGCAGUGCCGAGGAGAGUGAAAAUGAGUCCGCCGACGCGUCGGAUGAAGAAGGUUGA